AUGCACUUCCUCCUCACCUCCGUCUCACUCCUCGCCGUGACGGCGUCGGCCCUCUCCGCCCGACCCGCUCUCGACCCUCGAGACGAGUGCAAAAUCCCUACCUGCCCCAAGGGCUGGUCGGCCAGCGCCUGCAACACCGGCGUCCCUGACUUCUGCUGCCCUGGCGGAUCACACAUCAGCAAAGGAAGCGCUUCCUGCUGCAUCGGCGGGAACUUGUUUGACAACAGGGGCGAAUGCUCCGGAGGCGUCUUGGUCCCCGUUGGCUCCGACCCCAAGGCAUACACCAGCAGCGUGUAUUCUGCCCUCUCGAGCAUCAGCGGUAGCGGUGGUGGUAUGGCCACCACGGCGUCUGCUACCGACUCGGCGUCUGCUACCGACUCGGCGUCUGCAUCUCAAACUUCCGCUAAGACCGUUACCACCACCGACUCGUCCGGCAAGACUGUCACGACGACAGUUCAAGCUGCCGCCACCACCUCGAGCACUGCCGCUGCGGCUGCCAUGAUCACCGGCUAUCCUGCCGCCGCCGCCGGUCUCGCUGCCGUCAUGGCCAUCGUCAACGAGAUGGCAUAA